AACAACAGGAACGAAGACAGCGUUUGUCUGUGAUGACGAUCACAUUUCGGCUCUCGUUGAAUCUCGGUCGUAUCCAAGGCAUUCCGGGCCAUUUUUGUCCGGAGUUAAAUUGUAAAAAAAGUGAUAGCACAACACACGAAGGCUUGCAAUGUGCGCGAAGAUAACGACUGCACACGUGCGUAAAAUGCAUGCGUGACUAAAAGGAGGAAAAACGAACAAGAGGUAGAAAAACGAAGACGACAGAGAGAAAAAAAGAGGGAUUCCGUUCUCUUCCUCGCGCCUUCCUUCUCGCUUUAACUUCUUCCCCUGGUCCUGACUUGAUCUUUGCGUCUCUUCGCCCCUCCGUAGCCCUCCCCCUCUCCCAUCGUAGCUUUGUCCCUCACUCCCUCUCCUUGCUUCCUCUUUCUCCCCUAUCUUUUCGAAAAUAUACGUGUCCUGAGACUUUUUAGGAUCAGUACGGUCACAGACGCUUGGGGAAGCGGUACUACCGCAUCACCCGCGUUCGACUCGGACUCUUUACCCUUAUUUUUUAUUUCUUCUUUUCCCGCUCAUUAAACAAGCUGUCAUCUGAUUACACUGUGGUCUUCGUUUUAAGCCUGAUUAUCUAAAUGAACGUGCCACGAGGAAAUUAAUAUCAAUUUCAUUUUUCUACUGUCAAGAUCAAGGACUUUUAUUUGUACACAAUUUUUCUUCAGGCCAAAUAUUAACAUAUCUUCAGUUGAUUUCAAUACUUGACCUUCUCAAAGAAAAAUGCAUCGAAAAAAGUUUGGAAUGCUCGCCUUAGAGGCUUGGUUUGAAGCUAUCACUGCUAUGUUUAUUGCAGUCAUUGUUUUUGCCACGAGGUACAAGCCACUCUGGUGGUUUGGAACCGGAAAUCAUAAGUCUCACAAGUCUGAUACAUCUCCAGAAGAUAAAAUGCAAAGUCGAUUUCCAUCUGUUGAUGAUAUUCCAGGACCAUUUUCAUUACCAAUUUUGGGAACAAGGUGGAUAUUCUCGUUAUUUGGAUAUUAUCGAAUGGAUAAAAUCCAUGAUGCUUACAAAGACCUGAAUCGACGUUACGGUCCAUUGUGCAAAGAGGAAGCUUUAUGGAAUUAUCCUGUGAUAUCAGUAUUUUCCCGUAACGACAUUGAAUUGAUCCUAAAAAAAGGAUCACGUUAUCCACUACGUCCACCCCAGGAGAUUAUAUCGCAAUAUCGACAAUCUCGUCGAGAUCGAUACACCAAUCUUGGUCUUGUAAAUGAACAAGGAGAAACGUGGCAUAAAUUGAGAGAAGCUCUUACUCCAGAACUUAUGGGAGCUAACACCGUCUUAGGAUUUUUUCCUGCUUUAAAUCAAGUUGCUGAUGAUUUCAUUAAUCUGAUUCGAGUUCGAAGAACUGGAAAUAAUAUUAUUGGCUUUGAAGAUCUUGCUUAUAAAAUGGGAUUAGAGAGCACAUGUACUUUAAUUCUUGGAAGACAUUUAGGAUUUUUAAAACCAUCAUCUAGUACUUUAACAUCAAAACUAGCUGAAGCUGUGAGAAUUCAUUUCACUGCUUCUCGUGAUGCUUUUUAUGGUCUACCACUCUGGAAGAUAAUUCCUACAGCUGCUUAUAGACAGCUUAUUGAAAGUGAAGAUGCAAUUUACAACAUUAUUUCAGAACUUUUAGAAACAACUAUUUGGGAACAAAAAGAAAAUGCAAGAGAUGAACCUGUUGAAGCGGUAUUCCAGUCAAUUUUAAGAGAUAAAAGUUUAGAUAUGAGAGAUAAAAAAGCAGCAAUUAUUGAUUUCAUAGCUGCCGGAAUUCACACGUUGGGUAAUACUUUAGUAUUCCUUUUCUAUUUGAUUGGCCGUAAUUCCAAGGUUCAAGAGGUGCUAUUUGAAGAAGUUCGUAAUCUAGCUCCAUCAGGUUGUGAUAUCACAGCAGAUGAUCUUCGUAAUGCUAAAUAUUUGCGUGCGUGUAUUACAGAGGCAUUCCGUGUCAUUCCAACAACACCUUGUAUCGCAAGAAUCCUAGAUGAAUCAAUAGAAUUGUCUGGUUAUCAUCUAAAUCCUGGUACUGUUGUUCUCUUGCAUACGUGGAUAGCAGGUUUGGAAGAUUGUAAUUUCAAGAAUGCCUCAGAAUGGAUGCCUGAACGGUGGCUGAAACCCACCACACCGCACUCUCCACUUCUGGUUGCGCCUUUUGGUACUGGUCGAAGAAUAUGCCCUGGCAAACGGUUCGUUGAGAAAGCACUGCAACUCAUCGUCGCAAAGGUCGUCCGAGAAUUUGAAAUUAUUGCACACGAUGAGCUCAGUUUACAGUUUGAAUAUAUUCUCGCUCCUAAGGGACCGGUUUCUCUUACUUUUCAAGACCGUACAGAUAUUUAAAAAUGUUUCGUGGAAGAAAUCUUUCAUUUAAUUGAUCGUAAAUCAUGUGAUUAUCAAGUACAGACUGCCUAUUUAAGAGUCUAAUUUUUACACACUCAUAAAUCAUUGCAGUGGUUUACACGUUUUCUUCCCAUUUUAUUUUUAAGUGCAAUUGACCUUUUCUUAAUUUUGGAAAUCUAAUUGAUCUAUGAAAGUCUCGAAUUAAUUCUAUUAGCUAUUAAUAUUAUUAUUAUAAUUAUUAUUAUUAUUACUAUUAUUACGAUAAUUAUAUUACUACAAUUAGGUAUUUAAAAAUAAUUAUAAGGUUUUCUUUUAAUUAGAUUGUUGCAAUAAUCUACCUCGUAAUAUAUCAUUUAGGCAUCAAGUAAUUAAUUAAAAAUAUUUAUAACAUCAUUAAUUGUAUUUAAGAGAAAUAUUAAAUCAUCAUUAUCGUGUUAAUUAUUCAUUUGAUAAAAUUAUUAUAGAUUUUUGCAACGAUUUAAUCCAUGAAAUGGUAAAUGAAAGUGUAGAGAUGGUAGCGUUGAUUUAGAUUUAAAAAAAAAGUGUAAAAAUCACACGCUUAAGUAUGUGUAAAAAUGUCUGUAUAAUGAAUAUCAUGAACUGA